UAUUCUACAUACAAAAGGUGUGCAGAGUGUGAGACAGGGUGAUCCGCAGCAGUAGAUGGCGGUGUGGAUGUUGUGAGUGAGUGAGUGAGUGAGAGAGAGUGUGUAGAUACACCGCAGGGACACUCGGGGUGUAGUUGUGAGGGAACAUGGCGGCGGCGAUGAUGAGGAUUGUACAGGCUUCAUUCUCAGGGCGCUGCUGUUACUCUGUGGCCAAAUCAGUUAGUUUGUGUGCUACUAGGCCUCUUCCAGAAAAAGUGAAGAUAGUGGAAGUCGGACCCAGAGAUGGACUGCAGAACGAGAAGACCAUCGUUCCAGCCGAGGUGAAGAUCCAUCUGAUCGACAUGCUCUCGGAGGCGGGACUUCCUGUCAUUGAGGCUACGAGUUUUGUCUCGCCUAAAUGGGUCCCACAGAUGGCUGAUCAGGAGGAAGUGAUGCAAGGCAUCAACAGGAAGCCUGGCGUGAAUUAUCCAGUGCUGACUCCUAACCUGAAGGGCUACAGAGCUGCUGUGAAGGCUGGCGCGAAGGAGGUGGCGAUAUUCGGCGCCGCCUCGGAGCUCUUCAGUAAGAAGAACAUUAACUGUACGGUGGAGGAAAGUCUGCAGCGCUUCGAGGAAGUGACGGCGGCGGCCAAACAGGAAGGAGUACCUGUCCGAGGCUAUGUGUCAUGUGUCCUGGGAUGUCCUUACGAAGGCAAAGUCUCGCCGAUGAAGGUAGCCGAUGUCGCGAAGCGUCUGUACGCGAUGGGCUGUUACGAAAUCUCGCUGGGUGACACGAUCGGAGUGGGUACGCCGGGCGGCAUGUCCCAGAUGCUGGAGGCGGUGAUGAAGGAGGUGCCGGUCGACGCCCUGGCUGUUCACUGCCACGACACGUACGGACAGGCGCUCGCUAACAUCCUGGUCGCGCUGCAGAAUGGCGUAAGCGUCGUGGACUCGUCGGUGUCGGGAUUGGGUGGCUGCCCGUACGCUCAGGGGGCUUCUGGAAACGUGGCCACCGAGGACGUCGUGUACAUGCUGCACGGACUCGGCAUCCAUACGGGAGUAGACCUGCAGAAGCUGAUGGAUGCCGGAUCGUUCAUCUGCCGCUCUCUCAACAGACGAACCAGUUCCAAAGUUGCUCAAGCUUCGUGUAAACUGUGACCUCAGUUCAAUUGUGUGUGUGUGUGUGUGUGUGUGUGUGUGUGUGUGUGUGUGUGUGUGUGUUUUUUAUCUGUCUGUUUGGAAUUUCAUACCUUUUGCAUAAUCUAAUAACGACCAUGUUACCCGAGUAUUGUUCAUUCUGAUCGUGUCGCUUUUAACUCCGGUCAUUCUCUCUCUCGUUCUUGCUCUCUCUCUUUCUCUCUCGUUCUCUCGCGCUCUCUCACAUUCUCUCUCGUUCUCUCGCGCUCUCUCACAUUCUCUCUCGUUCUCUAGUUCUCGCUUUCUCUCUUGCUUUCUCAUUCUCUCUCUCGCGCUCUCUCUCUUUCUCUCUCUCUCGCUCUCUCUCGUUCGCUCUCUUUCUCUCUUGCUCUCUCUCGCGCUCUCUCGUUCUCUCACAUUCUCUCUCGCUCUCUAGUUCUCGCUUUCUCUCUUGCUUUCUCAUUCUCGCUCUCGCACUCUCUUUCUCACUCUCUUUCUCUCUCGUUCGCUCUCUUUCUCUCUUGCUCUCUCUCGCUCUCUCUCUUUCAUUCACUCUCGCGCUCUAGUUCUCGCUUUCUCUCUCGCUCUCUCUCUCUCUCGUUCUGUCUCUCUCCAUCUUGCUCUCGUUGUCUCUCGCGCUCUAGUUCUCGCUCUCUAGUUCUCGCUUUCUCUCUCGCGCUUUCUCUCUCUCUCCCUCUCCCUCUCUCUGAAUCUGCCAUUUCCUGAAACAGACAUAAGGAGGCCCUGAUUAUCCCUGUAGAGCCUAAUGAACGGAUGCACGAUAUCGUGCGUGCUUUAACCUGCACCACACACUGUUUCCAGCUGAAACACACUUUCCAUUUGGUCCCAUAAUUGAAGGAAGCCGCAUGAAUCAGUGGCUUGUUUUCAGAAGAUAUUUGUACUGGAGGAUUUCUCAUGAAUAGGUCUUGUAAUUAUACACACACACACACACACACACACACACACACACUUUUCAUGCCUGUUUAUUAGGGAAGCACGGAGAGAGACUGCUUCUCGUCUGGAUGCCUUGGAUUUGACAGCCUGCGUGCGUGCGUGCGCGUGCGUGCGUGCGUGUGUGUGUGUGUGGGUACAGUCUGGUAUAAAUAUACAGAAGCAAGUGUUUAAACUGUCUAGUGUACUUAUAAUCAGGGAAGCAGCUCCAGUUCUUCUUGAUGGCUCGAUAUUGUCGUUUUCAGCCCUUAAUGAACCUAAACAUCACGUGACGGCGUUAUGUCCCGAUAAACCGCCGACGUGAACAACAGUCGCUCGCCCACGGUUCUCUAUUUAUCGUAAGAAGCGUGAUUUGUCGUAACCGCUGAUCCACAGUCCGGUCCUGUUCCGAGCCCUAAUAUGGUCCGGCAGUCAUUUCAAGAGGUCUGCGGAGCCAAAAGUCACCGCUGGCUCUCACAUUAAUAUUGCUCGGUAUUGCCAAGAUACAGCCAAAACGAAAACAAAUACAUGACCUUAAGAAUUAUGAGUCUAUAAGAUGCGAAUGGCAUCAUCCGCUGAAAUCCAAGUCGCCAACGCACUGGGAAGGAAUAUUUUCACAACUGGAAAAACGCCGUAUACCACGGCGCUGUUAGAUUCUCCAUUCUGAUUGGUCAGAAGGUGGUGAAUUUAAAUUUUGAAAAAAUUUGAAGGAAACAGCAGAUUUACAUUUAAGGUUUCGAUUUAUCCCGGGUUCUUAAUUUAUCUAUAACGACAGGGCAAUUCACAAAUCGCGUUAUUGAAUCCGUUUCGCAUUUUUUGGAAGGAGUCUCCAGUGUCGGUCGUAGAUGAAGCUCCAGUUUCAAGUUUUUCGGACGUCUUCAGGACUGAGGAGUUUACGCUCUGCGUUGCCGGUGAGGUAGCGAGUGUUUACUGCUGAUAUAACAUGAGCGAGAACAGGAACUAACCUAACUAACAUUAACAUUAAAUGCAACAAUAAAUGGAUAAAAAGUCAGACAUUUUCUUUUUUAUUAUUAAAUUAAAUAAAAAAACCUGCGGUGGGGGAUACAAGGGGGGUUUUUUUUGGUGGGUUGGUGUUUUUUUUUUGUUUGUUUGUUUUUUUUUUUUUUGCAGAAAACUACUUAAAUCGGCGUAAUCGCGAUAGAUGAACCGACACCUGACCAAUCAGAAGCCGGAAUUUAACAGAAUAGGAAUCGCACAUCCCUGAUCAGUCCGAACAGGAUUUCGGAGGGGUUUAUUUAUUUAUUUAUUUAACUUUUGGACACGCCUUAUCCGACUAUUUUCGUCGACUGAUGCGACGACUAUUAAAUCAGGAAUGCACUAAAGAAUUUUAAGCCUCCGCGGCAUGAAGAAAGGCCCACACUAGGCUUUCUUCUUCUGUACAGGAAAACCUUCCUGCAGCUAACGUUCUCCCGAAGAGACGCAGCAGGACAGACUUCGCUUCGCUGGUUAAUUUAUUUUGUACAUGUUUUCGCGGUUCUCACGGCCUGACGGAAGACAGACGCUUCACGCUGCCGGCGUCACAGCGGGAGAACGUUUAUUACAGUCUACGCACGUCAAUCUCACUUCCUUUCCGCGUACGGACCUCCGGUGUAUAUUCGCUCGAACGAUUUGAUUGUACAUGAAUUAUUUUUGGAAUACCUUCACGCUUUGGUUAUGUACUUUAUCGGUUUAUUUACCGACUUGAUAAAUGCUGUAUUGAAAUAAACGGUGUUUGUGUAAUAUGUAAAAUCA